AUGGUUUCAUUUGCCAAAGUUUUGACAGAGGCACGGCGACUCCAAAGAGCGCAAACACCCCCGCGCCAUGAAGGGGCGGGAACCUUUCCUCCGCCAUCGUUCCUGCGACCAAAUGAACAGCGAAUGGUUGCGCGACCGGAAGCGCCCAUCCCGUCACGAGAACUCGUAAGACGUCGACGAGCAGCCAAUGCAGCUCAUGAUGCACCCCAAAUUCGAUCCAAGUUCUAUAUCGUACCAAGUCCAACAGGCACCGACCCGACAUUGACCAGACUUGCGGAACCAAGACACGUCAUUGAGUGUAUGGGACAUGAUAAGCCCGCCCCACAACUCGAUUGCCCAGAAGUGGACGACUUCUUUCUGCUCAAGGACGCGGAUGUGAUGGAAGAUGAGAUUUGGUUUGCUUUGACGCCGAUCACCCGAUUCUGGAAUCCUAACGCAGCGUAUGAGGCGAAACGCAUUCUGGACAAAAAUCGAUUCGAUUGCUUACUGGUCAUCGGAAUAUGUCGCGACAGCACCAGAUUGAGUCUCCACCUUUUGAACGACUACUGCACGGGCAGCAUACUCGGGCCUUGGAGAUUGGCUGAACAUACGCUAGACAGCUUGCUCGAAAGCAAUGGCUGGGUAAACAUUAAAGACGGUAUACACCCACAGAGGGUGUCUCUCGCCAUCGGCCACGCUUUCCACAACGGCUACCGUGUACUGCAGCGACCUGGAUCGGACGCUGAGUACCAGGGGAUCAUUGUAGUUGGUGCCUAUGCAACGUAUCCUAAAUUGGCCCGAUUGGGAGAGGUCGACUGGAUUAUCUUGCACGAAGAUGCCACAACAAUGCUGGAAUGUAUCACCAGCAAGCCCCUGCGUCUCUCAUAA